ACUUACCUGUCACCUAAUUUGUCAAAAAUAUGUCAACAUUAUUAUCCAGCAAAUCCUAGAAAAAAUCUCUUAAAAAAUAAACCUACUCCACCCCAAAAAACAAAAUAAUGAGCAGAACAAGCGAUCACAGUCAGGCAUAUCGUAAAAGGAAAACUUCCAGAUCCAACUCUGAUCAGGAGGACACCGAAGACACCGAGCGUAGAACCUCGUCGGAACCAAGAAAAGUUCGAAGGAUUACUUCCAGCACUAGAGUGAGUACAGAUCGCAGGUCGAAUUCCUCGAGCUCCGAAGAUGAUUCUCUGGACAAAUGUCCGAUUUGUCUUAAAUGCUUUAAGAAUCAAACGUUGGCGAUCACGGACAGCUGCAGACAUCACACUUUCUGCCUGGACUGUUUGCAGGAGUGGUCCAAGACCAGAAAGACUUGCCCAGUGGAUAGAAGGGAGUAUAGUUCCAUAUUAGUAUUGGAUAUAAGAGGAAAGGUCACAAGACAGUUAGCCAUUAAUCCCGUGGUACCCAGUACUAUUGUGAUUUCAUGGUCUCCGCCCUACGAUGCCACUUUCUGCGAAAUAUGUGGACUAGUAAACAACGAAGAUGGUAUGCUGGUAUGCGAUGGUUGCGGCAUGGGAUUUCAUCUCUACUGCCUCAUGCCACCGAUGGAUAGCCAUCCGAACGGCAUAUGGUUGUGUAACGACUGUUGGGAUUAUUAUAAUUAAUUUUUUUUCGAUGCAAACAGAAAUUAUCGUGUAAUGAAUUUAUUUUAACGGUUUUAUGUUGUAUAUCUUAUUAUGUAAAUGUGUUUUUUAUCGGUAAAAAAAUACAGUGCUGGUAUGCUUUA